UUUGAAUUUGGCUAAAAAUUGUGAUUAUGCUCAGUCGCGUGACUCGCGUCUCUAUCCAUCUUUGGUUUCCCUCUCUCGACUCAAAUAUAUAAAUACGUUUCGUCUCUUGAGCACAGAGGAGAGAGGAGCCGGCGGGUUUCAUUUUCAUAUUAACUCAAAUCGAAAGAGACGAUGAGUGAGUGAUGGCGGCAGGCGCCAGUGGGGUUGAGCCGCAGUAUGGCGUCGCUAAGACGUCGGUUUGGUGGGACAUCGAGAACUGCCAGGUCCCCAGGGGCUGCAAACCUCACGCCAUUGCUCAGAACAUACGCUCCGCCCUCGCCAGAAUGAACUACUUUGGGGCCAUCACCAUCUCCGCCUAUGGAGACACCAAUCGCAUCCCGACCACCGUCCAACACGCCCUCUCCAGCACCGGCAUCGCUCUAAACCACGUCCCAGCCGGAGUUAAAGAUGCAAGUGACAAGAAAAUAUUAGUUGAUAUGCUGUUUUGGGCAGUCGACAAUCCUGCUCCUGCAAAUUAUUUGCUGAUCUCUGGUGACAGGGAUUUUUCAAAUGCUCUCCAUCAAUUGCGCAUGCGGAGAUAUAAUAUCCUUCUAGCACAACCCUUUAAAGCUUCUGCAGCUCUUGUUGCUGCAGCAAAGUGUGUCUGGCAAUGGUCAAGCCUCGUUUAUGGAGGGCCUCCUUACAUGAGUAACGGUCAAGAUCAGAUUGGUAUUGAUGCUUCUCAAACAGAUACUGCAGCCUGUGAUAAUGCUGUUCCAAAUCAACCUGCUUCAACAACCUCUGCUGGUAGUACUCUCCCCGUGGCUAUGGUUGGCCAGAAGUCAUCCACUUUGAGCACUAGCAAAUUCUUAUAUGUUCCAAUAGGCGUAAAUAAAAUCAAAACGGAAAGUAUGAGAAGUUCGGCUGAUAAACAUGAAGGAGAAGAAAAUAAAAAUGUGCAGUGCUCCCAUCCACCUGCAAAACAGUUUAUGAAAGUACCUCACGAAUAUUUUGGUCCAAAUGCAACCUCCUCUAAUGCAGCUGCUUCAAGUACUUCUAUUUCGAAUCCAUUUCCUUUGCCUGGGAGUAUGGAUGCUACCACCUGUUCUAGCAGUCAGAUGACUCAUUCCCAUCAACCAGAUGAUUCGAUUUCUCGUGAUGAGUCAUCACUUAAAUCAAGAUCUGAAAGAUCAUCUGUAGGACUGCCAGAUAUUGGCAAGGUAAGUGGGUCCCAGAAUGGUGGCCCGGAUUUUAAUCAUCAGGGAGGAGAAGGUUCUAUAGCAAAGGAUACUUCAUUGUCAGAUGGUGCUGGAAAGUCCAUGAGCCAGUUAUAUUCCGGUGGCAAAGUGUAUGGUAAGCAUCUUCAUUCUCAACACGUCCAAGGCCUUAUAGGUGUAAUAUUUCUAGCCUUGAAUACUCUGAAAGUUGAGAAGAUUGCACCUACCGAAGCAAAUAUAACUGAAUGUAUCCGUUUUGGUGAUCCAAAGUACCGCAAUAUUGAUGUGAGAAAAGCUUUAGAAUGCGCCCUUGACCAACAAAUGAUAGUCAAGCACCAACUAGGUAACAUGGAGCUUUAUGUUGGUAGGAUUGAGAGGCUAUGGUCAUGUGAGAAUCCUGUUGGGGGUAAUGUUGAGAAGUACCCGAAAGAGACCUGGAAUACAAUUCACAAGUUUCUGACUUCCUCGGCUGGGCGUUCAACGUUAUUAGCAUCUGAAUGCAGGUAUCAAGCAGCUCUGAUUCUUAAAAAUUCAUGUUUGAAAGCACUGCCUUUGGGGGAGGUGUUUCGAGUCUUGAACUUGAUUAUAACCGUGAAGAAAUGGAUCAAGAUUGGGAACCUGGGGUGGCAACCUAUUACCAUCGACCUUCCAGAAAGAAACUGAAUAAAAUCUUGAUACUUUCCCUUUAGUUGGAUAAAAUGGAAACAUAGUGACAUACAUUGGGCCAAGUUGGUUGGUUUUCCCCCUUAUUCUUGGCUCGAGCUUUUGAAAAUUUUGGCUAUGCUGUGGGUGGCUGAGUAGGAUCUUUAAGCCUGAUCUUAUUCCGAAGCAGCUUUCUAGAACUUCUUAUGGUUUAUUUUGUUUCUUUCUCUUUGUCCGUUGUGACCAAACAGCAAUCUCAUGAACACAAAUUGCAAU